UAUCUUUAAAAAUAUUUCAUAAAAUUAGUUAUUACAACAUUUUAUUAUACUUCUUAAACGUAUACAAAGAUACUAAAAUGUUUCUGUGUGAUUUCUGUUAAUUUGGCUAAACUCUGUUACUGAACGGAUAGACAACCAACAUAGAUAUAAAAUGUCAAGUGGACAUUAGCGAAAUAGGUUAUGUUUUUGUUAAAAUAUUUGAUAAAUAAAUUCUAUUUUGAAAACUUUCGCCACAUCUUCUAAGACAAAGUAUUAAAUUCAGACGAAGAUGCCAGCUAUACCAGACAGAUGGAUACCUUACAAAGCUUGUGGAAAUGUAAUUGAAGGCACGAGGUUUAUAUGCUUUAAAGUACCUCUUAAAAAAAAUGUUCAGGCGUACAAUAAGGCGAUUAAAGAAAUAUGGGAUAUUCCCGCGCUACUGGAGAAAAUUCCGAAAUUGGGGGCAGUCAUAGACUUGACAAACACAGCUCGAUACUACAAUCCUGAGGAAUUAAAAGCUGCGGGCAUACUACACAAGAAAAUUUUUAUGCCAGGCCGCAUUAUACCUCCCGAGGACAAAGUGACAGAAUUUAUGGAUACCGUUGACGAGUUCCUGGGAAAAGAUUGUGAAUUCCUGAUCGGUGUCCACUGCACUCACGGGCUGAACCGCACUGGUUACAUGGUAUGCCGAUACAUGCGCGACCGCCUCGGGGUUCCCGCCAAGGACGCUAUUAAGAAAUUCGAAAAGGCUCGCGGCUAUCAAAUUGAACGAGAAAACUACACAGCAGAUUUGUUAGGAACGACACCGCCACCUCCAGACGUAGGCAACAGUACAGAAAUUAAACCUGUAAGUACGAAACGAACACCUUACAAACGUUCACCACUUGAGGAAGAUGAAGAUGCUGACGAUGGCAAAAUCAGAGAUAGAUAUAACAGGUACAGCAGAAAUAGUGACAAGAGCCAUGACAGAUAUAAGUCUAGGAGAAGUAUUGGCAGUGAUAGGAACAGUUAUAGAAGUAGAGCGAGUGACGACACUAAUUGGCGAAGGAGAGGAGAUUCCGAAAGUAGCGCUUACGAUUUCAAACGUGAUUAUUGAUGAAAUAACCUUUUUUAGAAAGGCUGCUGUACAUAAUGAAAUUUUGUUUGUUCUAUAUGACAUAAUAAGUAUCUAAUUACAUUUUUUAAAUACCUAAAUAUCAAAAAAAAAUCUUUUGGACAUUGCAAUAUUAUUUUGUUGUGAUGCUAAAAUUUAAGUAGUCAUAUUUAGAAUUAAUUUAGUCUGUAACUGUUGUAAUCGGUAUAAACUUAUUACCUUAGUAUAAUGAAAUAAUGAAUUAAAACUAAAUAGUUCUGGCUAAAAAAAUCCACGGAACGGUAUCAACUACGUUUUAGUAACAAAAGCUACAUAGCUAAUAGCAUUAAUUUGAAUAUUUUACCUACAUUUGCCUGUACCUUACAAGGGUACAUGUAAGCGUGUAUAAUAAUACUCGGUAUAAUAUUUUUAAAGUUCGCACUUAUUAUAGUGUUCCACAGUCUCGAUUUACGAUCUUUCGUAUUUCAUUUAGUGCGUAUUUAGUAAUGUUUGAACUUCAGUAUAUAUUUUUUUCACUUGAAUGAAACGGUUUAAAGUACUCUAAAGUAAUAGCUAGUUUCAAUUUAGAAACAUUGUAUUAACGCAUCUAUCGUACGUUAAGAAAUUGUAUACGAAAAAUACUAUAUUUUUUUCAUAAUAGUAAAUCUGCUGUCGUUCUUUUUAUAUAAUGUUUGUUUCAAAAAAAUGACAAAGGUUUCAUUUUUUUUAUAUAUAUUUGUGGUAUACUGUUUGUAAUUGUCUAUUACUGAUAAUACCCUUGGGUCGUAUUUGUCGAUAUGAAAUACAAUAUAAACUUUUUGAAUAAAUUUUAUUUAUUUUA